CCAAGGAAGAUACAGCCAAGGAAGAUACAGCCAAGGAAGAUACAGCCAAGGAAGAUACAGCCAAGGAAGAUACAGCCAAGGAAGUUACAGCCAAAGAAGAUACAGCCAAAGAAGAUACACCCAAAGAAGAUACAGCCAAAGAAGAUACAGCCAAAGAAGAUACAGCAACAGAAGAUACAGCAAAAGAAAAUACAGUUAAUUCAUCUAUUGAAACACCACUAACAGAGGACGAAAAGAUCAACAUAAAAUAUUGUCAAGAGAAAACAUGUAAAUUCUUGUUUCCAUACUAUCUUCGAGAACAAGAGACGCGCGCCAAUAUUCAUGCUCGCCUUUACACACAAUUAGCACGAUCUCUAAAUCGUACUUUAGUUCUAUCAAACGUUGGAAAAUCAAAAAUUCUAGCGUGUGCUCUACACCCAUUUGAUUUCUAUUAUGAUCUAAAAGCAUUCCAAAAACAUUAUCCUGACAUUCGAUUUAUAACUCAAAAUGAAUUUUUUAAAUGGUCAAAAGAAAGAAAAAUCCGACCAAUUGCGCAACAUUCACGGAUGAUUCAAGACAAUAAAAUAAAUGAUAUAUUAACCGUUCAUAAGCAAAAGACUAUGCGUGUCAUUGAAGGUGGUAAACUCGGAAGAAAACAAGCAAAAUCUUUUUGUUUAGAUAGAUUUAAUCUAAACAUCACGAAUUAUAAAGAAUUUCAUACAGGGCUUAGAAAGUUAAAUCGCGAAGCAAUGUUAAAACUUGUUACAAAUACUCUAAAUUCUUUAGAGCAUGAAGCAAUUAUGAUAUUAGAUACGUCUCCUCAAGAAUUUUUUCCGAGAAUCACUGAAACAAUUCCAUAUUCACCAUCUAUUAUUAAAGAAUCUAAAAAAAUCUUAAAGAAAUUAAAGCCUUAUAUAGCUGUUCAUUGGAGAAUGGAGCAUGCAGUACCAGAAUUAAUGCCAAAAUGUGCCAAUAAACUAGUUAAAACAUUAAAAAAAGUUCAAAAAAAAUAUGGAAUAACAAAUGUAUAUUUGGCAACAGAUUAUCCACUUGAUGGUAAACCUCAAUCACAAACUUUUCAUCAUAUUUCUUACUUUCAUAAAGAAGCCAUUGAGAUACUUGGACUAAAUGUAAAUAAUUCCAAACAUAUAAAAUUCGAUACAUGGAUUUCGAUGGACGCGUUCUCACAAAUUAGAGACGACCCAAAGUAUAAAUCAGAAUUUAAAAGUGCUGGUAUACAAGGAAUACUUGAUAAAUUAGUUUGCAUGCAGGCAAAAUAUUUCUUAAAGGGUCCGGAAGGUUGUGCUAGAACAUCUAGUACUUUUACAAGUGCUAUCGUCGAGGAAAGAAAUAAGUUUAAGAAUAAAUAUAAUUUGAUUAACAUUGUUUCCUAUUGGUGA